CUCAUAUAUUUGUUUAGUAUUAUAUAUAUGUCAAACUCAUCAAAUGAAUUAUUAGUUAUUGGAGCUGGUCUACCAAGAACUGGUACAAAAAGUUUAAAGAAUGCAUUAGAAAUUAUUUAUCAUAAACCAUGUUAUCAUAUGAGUGAAAUUAUUACAAAACAACAUGAUGAUAUUGAGAAAUGGCAAAGAUUAUUUAAUGAAGCAUUAAACAAUAAACCAUCAAAUGAAAUGAUAAUUCAUCAAGGUUUAAAAGAUAUAUUGAAUAAUUAUGGAACAGUGACAGAUGUACCAGCGUGUGGAUUCCAUAAAGAAUUGAUGGAGAUCUAUCCAAAUGCUAAGGUUAUAUUAACAAUACGUGAUAAAAAUGAUUGGUUGUCAAGUUUUCGGCAAACAUUAAUGCCAAAAUCAAAUGAUUCAUUUAAUAGAACCAUAGAUGGAGCUGAUCAAAUAUUGGAACUUGGUCCAAAAUUCAUUCAAAUGGCUAUUGAUUCAAUGAAAUUAGCAUUUCGUAAACUUGAUUUUGAUAUAGAUAAUGAUGAAGAAAUGCUUAGAUGUUUUGAUGAAUAUAAUAAAAUUGUAAAAGAAACUGUACCACCUGAACGUCUUUUAAUACAUCAACUUGGAGAUGGUUGGGAACCUUUGUGUAAAUUUUUAAAUGUUGAUAUACCAGAAGGUAUAUCCUAUCCAUUUAUAAAUGUUCGUAAAUAGAUAAGAAGAUUCGGACAUCAUAAAUCUUUAUACUUUAUCAUGAUAUUAAAAUAUUCCAGCUAAUGAAAACAUUACAAAACGGUUGUAUUCUUUAAUAUUCUGUAAACUUUUUCAACAUGUACGCUUCCAAUAUUUUUACUAACAUUGAACAUACUAUUGCUAUUCCUAUUGCUUUAUAGAUAAUACAUUUGAAUA